AUGCCUCAGGCUGAGGCUGAGGCUGAGGCUCUACGCUGGCAAAAGUCUACUCCGCUCAGGGGCUUAGGCACGCAUACGUAUAUCAAUUAUCUCAUAAGUAGCACGAACGAUGUGUCUUGUCACCACGCCGCUGGCGAAUGGCAAUUGAUGGGGACGCUUGGCGCGCGCGCAACCGUGCCCCUUUGUGAUCUUUGUGAUUUGUGGCUCGCGUCGCCUGCAGAAGAGCCUUCCGUACCCGUGCCUUGUGGCCAGCAGGAUCUGUCAUCACGCAUGCAGAUAGAACCUAUCCCGCGCACGGACCGCUCUCACGCCCGGGUGGUGAUGGGUUGGUUGGGGAGACGUCACGACGCGAGGAUCCAGCGAGGCUUAGCUACACCUCCGACUCGUCCUCUCCAUCCAACCAUACACAAGACGAAGACGCAGAAGCCGGGGAGCGGCACCCUCCACAAGGCCAGAAGACGCUCGCCCCUGCUCAAGCUCCCAAGUCGCCGUUUGUAUUGCGCGGCGCUAAAACGCCUGACGAGAGCGUGUCACCAGUCCAUUACGCUCAAGCAACGUCGCUAG